CUUAUUUGUAAAUCCUGAUAUUUCUGAGAAAUGCACUUAUACGCACAACGCCACAGAUAGACUUCAGUGGACUGCAGCGCUCACCCUCUCACCAUGACUCGCUUAAACGCUUUAUUUGCCCUCAUCUUUAUCAGCAGGAUUCUGGAGAACUCUCUUCUCAGUGCGGAGGUGAAAGAAGGAGAGAUUCUUCCUCCAACCAUUCAGAAGCUGAUGAAGGGAUACAACAAAUACCUCCGGCCGUUCUUUGACAAUGGUCCUGUUACAGUAGGCAUGAGUCUUGACAUAGCCAGCAUUGAUACGAUAUCAGAAAUCAACAUGGACUACACCGCAACCAUCUUCCUGCGGCAGCGCUGGACAGACGAGAGGCUGGUGUUUGAAGGCAAUAAGAGUUUGAGUCUGGACGGGCGACUCGUGGAACUGCUGUGGGUUCCAGACACCUUCAUCGUGGACUCUAAGAAGUCCUUCCUCCAUGACAUCACCGUAGAGAACCGACUGAUCCGGAUCUUUCCCAACGGAACGGUUCUGUAUGCACUCCGGAUCACGACUACCGUCGCCUGUAACAUGGAUCUCACCAAAUACCCCAUGGACAAACAGACGUGCACAUUGCAACUGGAGAGCUGGGGUUAUAACAUCAAUGACGUGAUGUUUUACUGGGCGCGUGGGAACGAGUCUGUGAGUGGGCUGGACACACUUCGACUGGCCCAGUACACCGUAGAGGACCACUACACCUCUGUUUCUGAAGCCGUCUAUGAGACAGGAAAUUAUCCUAAACUGAUUUUCCAUUUCGAGUUGAAGAGAAGCAUCCUGUACUUCAUCCUGGAAACGUACGUGCCCUCCAGUCUGCUGGUGGUUCUGUCCUGGGUCUCUUUCUGGAUCAGCCAAUCAUCCGUUCCUGCACGCAUUUGCAUCGGUGUGACAACUGUCCUGACUAUGACCACACUGAUGAUGGGUGCCAGGACGUCUCUGCCCAAUGCCAACUGCUUCAUUAAAGCCAUAGACGUGUAUUUGGGCAUCUGCUUUAGUUUUAUUUUUGGAGCACUAAUCGAGUAUGCAGUGGCCCACUUCUGCACACUUCACCAUCCUGACUGCAACCACGCACUGAUGUACGGUCAGCACAUGCACGAUUGUGAGGAGGAAAUGAACGGAAUCGUCACCACCAUCGCCAACCGAUCGUCACGGGUAAAGAGGCGUAAAGACCCUCCGGCCCCAACGACCGUGUCGACCCCGGCUGGAGAGUCUGAUCUCACGCCCUCCAGCCUGAAUGCCAGUGAGGACAACACACACGAGGUCAAAGAGGAGACCUUUAACCGCUGCGCAAAAAGCAUUUCCAUCUUAUGGAAGAUUCUGCGACCUGCCAACUGCUGUCACGUGGAAAAUCCACAUCACAUAGACAACUACUCACGGUUAUCCUUCCCGCUCUCAUUCAUCUUCGUCAACCUGCUCUACUGGACCUACUACCUGUACUUUUAAGCAGCCUUGAUGCUAAUAUCCACUAAAUGUUCAAUGAUUUCUGUUUAUUAGUAUGACCGUGCAUGUGUGUUUGAAAGAUCAAUAGAUGCCAGGAGAAUUGUGAAGUGUGAAACAAGAUGACAAUAAUGAGGAGUUCGGUGAGACAUGUCCCAAAUGUGAUUCACAACAAUACAAUUAAAUGUGUCUCGAUUGUCCGUUCAAAUGUGGAGGCACACUCUAGCACGUUUUCUCUAAAUAGGAGUAUAGGUGAGCCGAACCCCUUUGCCACGGGACAGACUGUAGUUGUCAUACAGUGAUUGCCACAUAUGUUGUAGUUACUGCAUUUUGCCUUGGCAGGGAAGAACUAUUCUGUGGAACAAAAGAGGAGAUGUUUAUUAUAAAUUUUGCAAUAACAAAA